CUCUUUAAGCGAGAAGAAGAAGAUGUACAAUAAUUUUCUUUGUUAUGGACGAAGCGAUUUCUAUUAGAAAUUUAAUAACUUGCACAGAAAAUUAAAUUUGGUCGCGACUUUCGAAAAAAUAAAGUACUACAACAGAUUUUCUACUAUAGUGACUGACAAGUAUUUGCAUACCUAAAUAGUGUUAACGCAAUUAGGAUGGUUUUGAAGCAAAUCUGAACAAACGGGCGGUGUACAAUAAAGUGAGUGGAAGUAGGGAGUAAUGGUUUGCAAUUUGGAAAUCGAUUAGUAUUUUUGGAAAACUGAAUUAAAAAUGUGCAUUUAAAUUAUAACCAAUAGCAAUGUUUAGAAAUAAAAUCAAAUCGGCUAAAGAUGUUCUUUUCGGGCAACAACGUGGAGAUUCACACGCAUAAUUGUAGGACGCAAACUAAUUGUAUGUGGGAAAGCAGCUGUCGAAGACAUUGAAUGUGGGGCUGAUUAAAAGGUUUAAUAAUGCGAUUAAAAAUAUUCCGCCAUGCUAAAGCCUUCCAUGACAUCUUUAAUAUAUCAGCACGUUUGCUAACAUCGAAAUUACGACCUAUAAGUGAUCGCAAAAAAGUUUACAUGAAAAUGUUGGCAACCAAGUGAAUUAAAGCCUAUCGACAGUGUAGAGAUGGAAUCAUUACAUGAAUAUACCAGUAAUGGCGAGAUUUGCACUAGUUAAAAGCGGCACCGCAGAGCGACUUUAUCAAAUAGCUACAUCCAUACUUGUACUCCCGCCAAAGUGGUACAUCAGCAAAUAAGUUUGUGAUAUUUUCGUCUAUUACACAUAAGUACGAUUCAAAUCGAGUAAAAAUUAAAACAAAAACGACAAAUACAACCAAGAAAAAAUACAACUAUAACAAAUUAAUUAACGACGCCGUAUUUCAACAUAAAUAUACUCUAUAUCGAAGUUAAUCAAGUACUUUACAAACAUAAACAACAUCGAUCAGUAGCCACCGUUCAACUUUACCUAUAAGUACACGCCUCUUACGUUCAUUUCUACCUAUAACCUCGCCACCGCCGUCAACACGUCUACCAUUCAGCUUGUAAUGUUGUCCGACGCUGAUGACACCGAUGAGUUGGACACCAUUGCCGAUGUUAUGGGUUUGCGCUCACUAAAUGGCCUCAAUACAUUUCGUGAAAUGUGGUAUCACAUAUUUCUUUGGGCGCUCUUCUCCUCCAUUUUCAUACACACAUGCGCGGCUUUGGUUGCUUUUGUGACCCUACGCAAACAUAAAUUCGGACGCUUCUUUUCUAUACUAAUUCUAGUAAUGGGAUUUUUAUCGCCUGCCAUGAGUGGCAUAGUAAGUAGCGCAGUGAUAGCAUUCGUGCAUCGAGCCUCCAGUCUGCCAAUGUCGCCAAUAUAUGCAAUGGUGUGGGGUGUAGGCCAAACGAUAGUGUCAGCGUGCUUAGGUUUUACACGAAUUUUGGCUACACUAUAGAAAUGUGGCGGACGCUUAAAACGGGGGGAUGUAUGGCAAAGUGAGUGAAUGACUGACAGACGGACAGUUCCAAAUACACAUACAGACACACACGUAAAGUCUUAGUGAUAAUCGCAUAGAGUUUAAGUAAAAAAAUAAUUAUUACGAUUGUAAAGAAUAAUAAAAUAAUAAUGUAUAUUUAUAGUUACAAGAUUACCAGUCCAUAAAUGUUCAUAUAAUGAUAAUUUAUAUUCUACAUGUGUUUAUGUAAUAAGUUUUCUAACAAAAAUAUGUUUUAGUUAUCCAUUAUUCUCUUUAUAUCUAUAUAUACAUUACAUCUGCUUUAGUUUAAUAUUUGCUUUAUUGACUAUUUAUCGAAAUUAUAUACACCAACAAACAAAUAAAUUAAAUAAAUCUUAAAUACAAGUAUUCGUAAAAGCAUUCAUUCAUUAAAAGGAAGAACACUUUACAUGCAUCAUUAGUCAGUAAGCGAAAUACGGUGAUUCAUGAGCACAUGCAAACAUUGUAAAAAUUAAAACUAAAUGAAUUACUCACUACUCAUACUAAAAUAUAACGUACAUAUAUAAUUGGGCUUUUUAAAUUAUAAUAAAAUAUUACAAACUACCGGAGUGAAACCCAUGCCAUGCUACAUGCCAACGAACUUAAUUUUAACUGUCUAAAAAUUUGUACAAAUUUUCGGCCAAUUAGUGUUAUAUAAAUAUUUCCUUAAAAUGCUAGAAAAAAAGUAAUACAUAUAAAACUUCACUUAUGACAAAAAUAUUGGAACGUAGCUUAAUGUUUGCAUUUACAUAACUGUUAAUUACAUUUCAAGUCAAACGGUUGGCUCACAUAUCAAGUUGAAAUUAUCUCACAUUACGUUUUUAUUUGGACAGGUUUCAGUAAUUUAAACAAAACGGCGAACUAAAUCAUUUUCACAUAUUCGUGAUUCUAGAAAGAGUGAUGACUUCCCUUAUUAAAUACGUGUUCAUGAAAUUUUUAAUUUGGUUUAUUAAAAAUCAGUUGGAAAUUAUUUCAUUACUUUAGUGAUUAUCUUUUAAUUUAUUCCUAUUACCAAUACGUUCGUAUGUCGCGUACUUUUCCUGUGUAUGUACGUAUGUAUGGUUUUUUAAACAAUAUCGAUUCACAUUUGCCAAAUAGAAAAGAAAUGGCAUGUCCAAAAAAAAGUAAGAACAAUCACAAUAUUCGCUAAGAUUUUAAAACUCAAUUAAUAUCGAAAUAUGUGUACGUAAACUCCAUAGAACAGUUAUUUUAUUCUUUAUAAAAUUUCGUAAUUGACAAAAAUAAUAACAAUUAAAAACAUUUAUAAUUCGGAUGAUUUAAUUAAUGCGGGCAAACGCUUAGGGACAAAAGUAAUAAAAAAAAAAAAUUAAAAAAUAAAUUUUGUUGGCGAACCGUCGUGUCCACAGCGUUUUGAAUGUACAAUUUGUCAAAUUACUUAAGCAAAUAUAUACAUACAUAACUACAAAAAUGAUAGAAAAAAAUUAGUGAAUAUUGUAUAACAAAAUUACGGAAUAUGAAAAUAUGUGAUUUUUAAUUAUAACUGAAUAACAAAUACUAUUAGCAAUUGUGCAUAAUUAACCAAAUAAUAUUCUAAUUUACGAUAUUAUAUUUAAUAAUUAUACUUAUAAAUAUUUAGUGCUAGGCCUCACCUUAGACCAUAUAAAAUUGAUGAACAAAUGACUAAUUAAACACAUAAACAUAUAUUGAAAAAGCCUAAUUUAUGUAUAAUAAUAAUAUAUAACGUUAAGGAAUAAACAAUAAACAAGUGGUAAAAAAAUAUUAUAUAA